AUCCUUCCUUUUAUUUUGGUGAUUCAACAUGGCAGUAAUGGCAAAGAUUGUUGUUUUGGUUCUCAUUGCUGGUUUCAGUAAUGUCUUUUGUUUUCCAAAGAGGGAAGCUGCCCAUGAGGUUGAUGUUUCAACAACACCGUCUCCCAACAAUCAGACCCAAACUGAAGCUGUGGGUGGUGCAAGUGAAGAUGUUGAAGCAGGCACUUCAGCACCUCCCCACAAUCAGACUACUACCGCACAGCCUGAUAUUACUGAUGGGCCAAGUGAAGAUGACUCGGUAACUGCAACCCCAAGUCCCCAAAACCAGACAAGAUCUGCUGCCCAAACUGAAAAUGCUGAAACUGAUGGGCCAAGUGAAGAUGAUGUGUCUGUAACUGCAACAUCAAGUCCCCAAAACCAGACCACGCCUGCUUCCCACACUGAAAAUGCUGAAACUGAUGGGCCAAGUGAAGAUGAUGUGGUAACUGCAACCCUAAGUCCCCAUAACCAGACAACACCUGCUGCCCAAACUGAAAAUGCUGAAACUGAUGGGCCAAGUGAAGAUGAUGUGGUAUCUGUAACUGCAACCCCAAGUCCCCAAAACCAGACCGUGUCCUCUGCCACAGGUGGGGUAACUGAUGAACCAAGUGAAGAUGCUGAGGUUGCCACCACGACCCAGAAUGCCCAAAACCUGACCACUUUGGCCCACUCUGUAGGAACUGAUGGUCCGAGCGAGGAUGCUGUUGUGUUAACCACUGUACUGCAAAAUGGGACUACCCCUGCCCAAGAUGUAACCACCAUUACUGAUGCCCACGAUGACUCAUGAUGUGACUCGGAUUGCUAAUGUUUCAUGGAAUUCUGUCAUUGCUUUCUCCAUCUUGAAUUCAAUAAAGGCCAGUUUUUCUUA